AUGAAUGAUAUUGUUGAUCCCUCAUUCCAAAUCCAAGAUUGGAACUUGAUCAAUUAUUCUGUUGAUGGCCCUGAAGCUCCAAUGGUGGCAGACAUUCUUGGUGUCAUUGAAACUGAAUUCCCACAAGAUCAUACAACUUUUAAUCAAAUUGAAGCAAAUGAUCAAAAUGACUACAAUAUCUUCUCUACUGCUAAUCAACAGGAAACACAGAACUUGGUGGCUACCACUAGUAAUGAGUCUGAUUCUUCAAUUAGUGUUAACAAUUUACAGUCACAGACACUUCCCAUGGGUAGCAUUGAGGGCUUGAAUGGUGUGAUCAGAAGUAGUAUUAAUGAUGUUCAUGACCCAGCCCCAACAAGGACUAUAGAUACAUUCAAGCCAAAAAAAUCGAUUUAUCGCGGUGUAACAAGGCACAAAGUGACAAGAAGGUAUGAUGUCCAUCUUUGGGAUAACACUAGUAGAACCCAAGGAAAAUCAAGGAAAGGUCGCCUAGUCUAUUUAGGAGGAUACGACGAUGAAGAUGACGCGGCUAGAGCAUAUGAUUUAGGUGCUCUUAAGUAUUGGGGAACAUCUACACCAAUAAAUUUUCCUUUGAGUAAUUAUGAGAUGGAACUAGAGGAGAUGGAGCAAAUGUCAAGACAAGAAUUUGUUGCAUCUCUUAGAAGGAAGAGCAGCGCCUUUUCGAGGGGUCGAUCUAUUUAUCGUGGGGUUACUAAGCAUCAUCAACCAGGAAAAUGGGCAGCCAAGCUUGGAAGGGGGAUAGCAGGAGACAAGGAACUCUUCUUGGGCACUUACAGUACAGAAGAAGAAGCAGCAAAGGCGUAUGAUAUUGCUACCAUAAAGUUCAGAGGAUUGAAUGCAGUGACGAACUUCAACAUAAAUCAAUACGAUAUUCCAUGCAUUCUCAGAAACGAAAAACUACCCAUUAGAGGAAGAGCAGCCAAGCGCGUGCUUAAGGCAACUAAAAUUAGAGAUGGAACCAAUGACAGAAGCUCCAUUUUCUACACUAGUGGAAGCACAAGUAAUUUGCAGGGCUCUUUAAUGCCAACAUUUGAGCAACCUCAGCCCUUACUAGCCCUACAAACACAAGAGAAUUCUCAGUACACUGAGGGCACCAAAUUUCAUCAAAAUUUCAUUGAUGAUCAAAACCAGUUGCCUGAUCCUACCCCAUUCCUACUUAAUUCUAACCAGGAAUCUCAGUUCAAUCAAAAUCCCAUUGAUGCCCUAAACCAGUUGUCUGAUCCUACCCCCUUGCUACUUAAUCCUAGCCAGGAAUCUCACUUCAAUCAAAACCUAAUUGAUGAUCAAAACCAGUUGCCUGAUCCUACCCCCUUUCUACUUAAUUCUAUCCAGGAAUCUCAGUUUAAUCAAAACUUCAUUGAUUCCCAGAACCAGUUGCCUGAUCCUACCCCAUUGCUACAUAAUUCUAGCCAGGAAUCUCAGUUCAAUCAAAAUUUUAUUGAUGCCCUAAAUCAGUUGGCUGAUCCUAACCCCUUUUUACUUAAUUCUAUCCAGGAAUCUGAGUUCAAUCAAAACUUCAUUGAUGCCCAAAACCAGUUGGCUGAUCCUACCCACUUGAUACUUAAUUCUUGCCAGGAAUCUCAGUUCAAUCAAAACUUCAAUGAUGCCCAGAACCAGUUUCCUAAUCCUACCCCAUUGUUACUUAAUUCUAGCCAGGAAUAUCAGUUCAAUGAAAAUUGCUUUCUCAAUGAUAUGAUGAACAUGGGACAAUCAUCUCUAUCUAUUAUGGAGAACAAUGGGAGCUCUAAUACUAACUACAAUGGAGGUUACCUUGUUAAUGAGCUUACGUUGGCUGCAAACUCAAACUCGGCGAAUUCAACAGGCAUGGGUUCCCUAUCUGAUCUUGGGCUUGUUACAAGUGAUUAUAACAUAAACACUGGGGGAUAUAAUGACUGGUCAUUUGAAGCCAUUGAUCAAGAAUCAAGCAUUCCUCUUUCCCCUUUGUGGAAUGAUAUUGACAGACUAUAG